UCCACCUUUAUAUCUUCAAAAACACGAAAGUUGGGUCAUUUCUGUGUGGCAUGCGUGACUUCCAGUGUCUUCCAGCGCAGCAUGAUCUUGACACUGGAAAAGCGCUGUCGUCGGCGGAAUGGAGUGGAAAGUGGAGAAACGACUGAAAAGUGGGUGGCAAGGUCGCGGGGUCGAGCGUAUAAAAGCCAAGAAUCGGCGAAAGUGAAGAGCAUCAGUCUGAGAACCGCCAGAGCUACCAAGAUGAAGUCGAUGACCAUUGUUUCCCUGAUCGCAGUGCUGCUGCCGAUGCAGUGCGUCCUUGCCCAGAGCCAGUCCUUCGAUCUGGCCAGCCUGAUACCGAGCCGGGGAUCGGAGCCCAUCUGGACGACCAUUAACAAGAACCUGCCGCAGGUGCAGGGCAUGAUCGACGCCGCCCGGAGGCAGUGCAUCCAGUCGCUGGGCAUGCCCAAGGACCAGCGCCCCCUGAUGAAGGAGCCCAACCCCAGCGAGAAGGAGAAGUGCCUGAUUGAGUGUGUCCUCAAGAAGAUCAAAAUGAUAGACGCCACCAACAAGCUGAACCUGGCCCAGGUGGAGAAGCUGACCAGCCUGGUGACCCAGGACAACAAGGUGGCCAUUGCCAUCAGCUGCAGCAUGGCCCAGAACUGCAACCGCUCCAUCACGGAGAAGAAGCCCUGCCAGGCGGCCCACCUGUUCAACCAAUGCAUUGGCCGCCACCUGGAGAGGAACAACGUCAAGCUGGUCUGGUAGAGGAGCAGCUCAUCCUCCAGGGACAUAGUUCUGACCUUUAUUUGGCUUCCAAAUAACAUGGCCUCAGAAGUAUGUGUUUCAUUCCAAAAAUAAUUGUAUCUUAAUUAAGGAAUCUAAUAAUUUUUGAUUUUAAAUUUAAAAAUAUCAAA